CUCUCACUCAAUGCACUGUAUGUGACAGAUUCAUUCAUUCUAAUUCUAUUAUAUUCUUUUCUAUACCAAAUAAAUACGUACUGUAUUACGCAGUCAUUUUCUCUCUUCGGACUAAGCAAAGCCAUUUGCAAAUUUCCAUCCAUUGGUUUCUGUUUUGUGUACUAUUAUACAUUCCAACUGUGCCGGCCAUGGUCGGCUUUUCGCAUUCACAUUAUUCUCUUUCAUUCUUUCUACCUUUUCUUUAUUUUGGAGAGUUAUACUUAUAAAAUAAACUUUGAAUAUCUACAAGGGUCCAUUAAUAUGGGCUGUGUUCAAGCCAAACCAUUAGAAUCUGAAGCUAACUAUAGAGGACUAGACAGGUUCAAGAUGGAAAAUGGGUAUGUUCCAAGUUCUGAUUUUGUUGCACACAGAAGAUCUACUGGUCAAAGUCAAAAAUAUGUUGCAAAGGGUAAGGAUAUUGAUCAUCAUGUACAUCAGAGACAACCCAGAAAGCAUAAAGUAGUUGAUGGCAAUAUUGGUGGUGCAAGAGGAAAGAGAGAUGGUGAGUUGAAAGAUAGUAAGAAGCAGUUGAAUAGGUGUUUUGAUGAUGAGAUGGUGGAUGGUUGGCCUAAAUGGUUGGUUGAUAAUGUUCCUUCUCAAGUGUUGGCUGGUGUUGUUGCCAAGAGUGCCGAAUCUUACAAAAUGAUUGAUAAGGUAGGACAAGGAACCUACAGCAAUGUUUAUAAAGCUCUAGAUCGAGACACCGGAGAUAUUGUGGCCCUCAAAAAGGUUCGCUUCAAUACAUCACAGCCUGAAAGCAUUAAAUUUAUGGCAAGAGAAAUAACUAUAUUACAGAGAUUGGAUCAUCCCAAUGUAGUAAAACUUAAAGGGUUAGCAACUUCAAGAAUGCAGUACAGCAUAUAUCUAGUUUUUGAUUUCAUGCCAACAGAUUUGUCAAGAAUUAUUUCUCGGCCUGGAGAAAGACUAACUGAACCACAGGUCAAAUGCUAUAUGCAUCAAUUGCUUUCAGGUCUUCAGCAUUGCCAUGAUAGAGGAAUUUUGCAUCGAGAUAUAAAAGGGUCAAAUCUUUUGAUUGAUAAAAAUGGGAUGCUUCAGAUUGCAGAUUUUGGACUUGCCAAUUAUUAUAGUCCAAAUCAAGAUCAGCCUCUCACAAACAGGGUUGUGACGCUAUGGUACAGAGCUCCUGAAUUGUUGUUAGGUUCCACCGAUUAUGGAGUUGGUAUUGAUCUAUGGAGUGUUGGAUGUCUCCUUGCAGAAAUGUUUAAAGGAAUUCCAAUCAUGCCUGGAAGAACAGAGGUUGAGCAACUUCAUAGAAUUUUUAGGUUAUGUGGCACACCGUCGCAAGAGUAUUGGAGAAAGCUGAAACUUUCUACAACUUUUGUACCUCUGAAGUCUUAUAGACCAAGUCUGGUAGAAACUUUCAAUGAUCUGCCCCCAUCUUCUUUAGGUCUUUUAUGUACUCUUCUUGCUUUGGAUCCUGCAUUCCGCGGUAGUGCGUCUAAAGCUCUUAAAAAUCCGUUUUUCUUUACAAGCCCAUUGGCUUGUGAUCUAUCUGGUCUGCCUGCAAUCUACAAAGAAGAAGAUGAGCAUACUCCAGCUAAAGAACAGAUAAAGUAUAUUAACUCUAAAAUCAGGCGUUCUCGUACAUUUAUGGAGCGUCGCAAGAAUUUAGCAUCUAAUAGGCCAAUAGAACAUACUGUAUCCUCAAAAGAGGUACUCAGAAAUAAUGCUGAGGCUGAAACUUAUGUUCCAAGUGAAGAACCAGGUAGUGCAACAAGUAGUACUUCAUCAAGUGUAAACCAAGCUGGAGUUGGGGACCACUCACCCCUAUUUCUCUCUCCAUUUCUUGGUUCUGAUCAAAAGCAACCCCACAAAAUCCAUAGUAGGCGUGCAAAUAUUGGUGAAAAAAACAUCAAGAACCUUCCUCCAUUAUCCAAGCCAAAACCAAAUGCAACCAAGAAAGAUGAUGGCAGAUACAGAACAGACCAGAUUUUCAGGUCCACUUCCACCAGAGAAUUUAGAAAAUUAAAAACAGAAGAACAUUUACUCUUUGAUUAGGCAAUCCAAGAUUAUGUAUACCUAAAAAAUUGAUUAUUUCAUUAUAUCAUUUGAUUUUAUGUAUUUUGAAAGUUACUCUACA